AUGGAGUUAACGUUAAUAGCGAGGGUAAGAGAUGGUCUGAUAUUGGCAACGUCUAUCGAAGGAAGCGAUGGAGGUGACACGAACCUUGUGAAGUACUCGAAUCAAGCAAAAAUGCUUUUUAAGAAACUCAGUAACGCACCUCAGAUGCAGUCAAUUGAGACUGGACCCUACAUGUUCCACUACGUCAUAAAGCAGUCGAUUUGCUGUUUGUGUUUAUGCCAGCACUCCUUUCCUCGGAAGCUUGCAUUUGCCUAUCUUGAAGACGUCUCUCAGGAAUUCCUCAACCAGAAUGCCACAAAGAUCGAUCAGGUCGCCCGUCCUUACCAUUUCCUUGAAUUUGGUGUUCCUUUUUCCUCCGAAUAUUGUAGUCCGUAUGCUAUGUCUGCUGUGUCUAGUGAAUUGCAAGAUGUUGCCCGAAUCAUGGUCAGCAACAUAGAAGACGUUAUCCAUCGUGGAGAAGCUCUUAAUAUUCUUGAGGCAAAGGCUUCCGAUUUGUCCGGGAUUAGUAAGAAAUAUCGGGAAGACGCAAAAGCUCUGAAUAGGAGGUCGAUAUUUUUCAAAGUGGCGGUGUCGUUGGGGAUCUUCGGCAUCAUUCUUCUCUUCGGGCGGUUCAUCCUAUUCUGA